UGUUUAGCAGCAUUCACCUACUCACUGUAUGCAGUGGAAACCCAGAGUUGAAGGAGUAUUCUGUGCUGUAUAUCUUCAGGACCAUGUCCCAUAACGGCGAGAUGGAACCCCCACCCCGAGACGCUGAGUUGUACCCCCGGGCCGGACGCAGCACCUUCCUUCGUAUAAAGCUCGACGUCCUCUACAAUAACAUCUCUAUUCUCAAGCAACGAUGUUCGCAGCAUACAGACAUCAUAGCAGUGGUGAAAGCCAACGCCUACGGUCAUGGCAGUGUGGAGAUAUCCAGGUAUCUGGAGUCCCGGGGGGUCGGGCACUUCGCCGUCGCCACCCCAGAGGAAGGCGCUCAGCUCAGGCAGGCAGGGAUACAGGGACACAUACUGAUUUUAGGUAACGCCGUCCAGGAGGACAUCCCGACAUUGGUGAAGUAUGAGCUGACACCGACAGUGACAGAACUGAAAUUCCUCCAGGCAUGGUCUAAGGCCGUCACAAAAGACUCUAACAACAGCACCGAUAACGACAUCAACAGUAGUAACAAUUCAGAGGAGAGGGUUCCAGACUAA